AUGAGCGAACUACUGAAAUAUAUCCUCACUCAUGAGGAAGCAUUCCGAAGGAACCGUUUACCCUCCCUAUACUCUGAUUUCACACCUCAGAAGAAAACAAACCCCGACGGCUACGCUGUUAACGUCGCCGCAUGGGAACAUGCACUCAACCGAGCCGCAAAGCGCGGUUAUACCUCGUCACGCGGUGUGCGGGUACGUUCCGGCUCGACCAUAUCAGCUGAGAGCGGAGCACCCUUGAAACGAAAGAAGACAGACCAUCUAAUUCUGCGAACGGAUGAAUCGCUGCUCCGAGAUUUAGAGAGUCCGGAGUGGGGGAGACCCGCAGCUCUGGGUACUGUAUUUGAUGAGGCAGUGCGCAAGAAUUCAAUGAUUCCAUUACCAAUUUACAAGACAACUGCUGGGCUUCUGCAAAAGAAAAGUCAGUGGAAGCUAAUUGAUCCCGGGGUUCUGAGUCCUUGGAAUGUUAUGAGCUGGGGAGCUCGACAGCUCAAAGGCUUCGUUGUGGGUUCCGAUAGCGAUUCAGCACCGAAGCUGCAGGUGCAGGAGUUGGUCUUGAUAGAGAACCUACAGGAAGCGGCAGACCUAGCGGUUAAGAAAGCCACAGGCGGCAAAUCAUCCAAGCUUGACCUUAUUUACUCUAGGGAAAUGUUUGUUGAAGAGUUUGCGGCCAUACUGAACGAAGCUACGGAAUUAUCAGACGCAGAUUUUGAUGUCCUGUUGCUUUAUUUGUCCCGCGAUAGCAGUGCUAUUGCCUAUGAUGGUAAGACAAUUAAGUUCAAAUCGGCAGAUGAAUCGGCGGAAAUCACCCAACAGGACACAACUAUUGCAUCCAUCAAGACCUUGCAGUUGACUAUGUUGAAACAGGUCACAAGCCUGAAAGCAAAGAUCGCUGAGCUGACCGCGUCUGCGAAGACGGCCUUGGCGAACAAGAACCGCAUAUCAGCGCUGUCCGCCGUGCGUUCCAGGAAAAUGGCUGAAAAGAACCUCCAGGACAGAACUACCACUCUCAUACAGCUUGAUGAGGUUUAUUCAAAGAUCGAGCAAGCUGCAGACCAGGUGGAGAUGGUGCGGAUCAUGAAGUCAAGCACUGGUGUGCUUCGCAGUCUACAUACUCAGAUCGGUGGUGCCGAGAGGGUUGAGGACAUUGUUGAAGAAUUGCGGGAAGAGAUGGCCAAGGUGGAUGAGGUCGGAAGCGUCAUGAACGAGGCUGGGCCAGUCAUUGACGAGGGAGAGAUUGAUGAUGAGCUUGCGGCAAUGGAGACGAGCGAGAGAGAGGCACUCGUCGAGAGCAGACUUGCCGAACUGGACAGUGUCAAGCAGGCCUCCGAUGAGGCUUCCCGCCGAGCACGUGCGGCCGAAGAUGCGGACUCGGCACUGGCAGAUAACAUUAUUGACAGGCUCUCUAACAUGUCCGUCGAGGAUCGCCCGAUGCAAGCAAACUGA